UCACUUCCGGCCGCUCUAGCCGCUGUGCGCACUCCUCUUCCUGGCCAGCCUGCCGGGGCGGGGAGUUGGGGAUUCCCCUCGCGCGGCGGAGAGCGUUGGGGGGUGUGUCGGCUCUGGGGCAGGGGGCCUGGCUCUAGUUAGCGCUGAGCCGCGGCCGCGUGGGCGGCCGCGCGCCGUGAGGGAAAAGGUUCUGUGAAGCGGCAGCACCCUGAGGCGUGGGAGGGGGAGAGAGCAGGCAGCUGAAGCACCCGGAGGGGCGGGAGAGUAGCACUUCGGGGGAGCAGAACACUCUGAAGAGGAGGGGAGCAGCACCUUGAGGGCGAGUGUUGUGUGGUGGGGAAGCAGGACACCGCAAGGCAGGGAGGGGAAAACAGCACCCUGAGGGGGUCAAGGGGGCACAACCACCUAAGUGGCAGUGAUUGUGCAUUUUAUGGGCAUAGUGGGUGCAUUAACCCUAAGCAUGGCCUUGAUUCACCCAAACCCUGGUACUUCAGCCUGAGACGUGAACAUUUUGACUGGUUCAGAGGCAUUUAGCAGUAAACUCUGGUUUUCUUACAUUGGCAGCUGCCUGGAAUGGGGCCUUCCAUCCCUUCUGGAACAUAGGCUAGGACUGGACUUGUGUCCCCUCUGCUCUCACUUAGGAGUCACUCUAUGGAAGCAGGAAUGAAACUCUUGUUCUCAUGCUCUGGUGCAGUGUGAGGGCCUCUUUUAUAGUUAACCGGCUGUACCCUCUUGGUGGUAUACUUUAUUCCUUUCCCCAGAGUUUGCCUUAUGUGUGUCCAAGGGGUGAAAAGAUAAAAAUGUCAGAAGAAGUUGGGGCUCCUAGGAGCCCCUCCUCAGCAGCUGGAGGUCAAGUCCCCUUUCUGCACAAAGAACUGUGUGACUGUGAUUCUGUACCUGCCAAGUGUAAAUGUCCAGCAGCUCCAUCACCUCCUGUACCAGACAAUCCCCAGCUGCAGUCCAGAGCAUCAUUGGACUCUAUAAUCGGGGAAGGAUGUAGAAUUCAAGUGUCUGUUAUUCUGCCUGUUCACAAUUCUGAAUGUUGGUUGGAUGAAUGCUUGAAGUCUGUCAUGAAGCAAGAUUUUGAAGGUACCAUGGAGCUGUCUGUGUUUAAUGAUGCUAGUAAGGAUAAUUCAAUUAAUAUAAUUGAAAAAUGGAAGCUCAAGUUGGAAGAUGUGGGUAUUCAGGUUGUCAUUGGUGGUCAUGAUUCACUUCAACCCCAAGGAGUUGGCUUUGCUAAAAACCAAGCAGUAAUACAGAGUUCAGGGACCUACCUCUGCUUUCUGGAUUCUGAUGAUGUGAUGAUGCCACAGAGGGUGAAACUGCAGUAUGAAGCUGCCAUUCAGCAUCCAAAUAGUAUUAUAGGUUGCCAAGUCAGGAGAGAGCCAUUGGAUUCUACUGAACGAUAUACUCGUUGGAUCAAUAACCUGACACCUGGACAACUUCUUACACAGGUUUUUACCUCCCAUGGACCCACUGUGAUCAUGCCUACCUGGUUCUGUUCCCGAGAAUGGUUUUGUCACGUGGGCAAAUUUGAUGAGGGUGGGAAGGGUAUUCCAGAAGACUUGCUGUUCUUUUAUGAACAUAUCCGAAAGGGUGGUGGAGUCUUUCGAGUUGACCAGUGCCUCCUCCAGUAUCGCUACCAUCCACAGGCAGCUACUCAUUCUGUUCUAGAGGAAACCAUCUGGAAUCACCGAGUCAGGUUUCUGGAAGACAGAGCCCUCAAGCACUGGACAUCUUUCACCAUUUGGAAUGCUGGCAAACAGGGAAGGAAGCUCUAUAGAAGCUUAUCACCAGCUAAUCAGAAAAAGGUAGCUGCAUUUUGUGAUGUUGAUGAAAAUAAGAUAGCGAAAGGUUUCUACACUUACCAAGAAUCCAAGGAGAGCAAAACCCCAAAUUCCCAUACAACAUUUCAGAGACGGCAACCCCACCUUUCAUUAUUCUGUGUAAAGCUGGAUCUGACAGGUGGAGGAUUUGAAGAAAACUUGGCCACACUAGACUUGAAAGAGGGACUGGAUUAUCAUCAUUUCAACUGAAUACUUGAGGUACAGCAGUGAAAUUGGUGCUUUAUGUAUCCUGAGCGAUGUGUAUGUUAAAAACAAAACUGUGUCUAGAGAGGGUUAGGUUUUGUAGUUACUAAUUUGAACUUCACCCAGUGUAUCUCUUCUGAGCAUUUAUUCUUUUCCAAAGGCAAGAUAAAGUUAUACCUUUGAUAUCUAUAUUUACCAGUUGUUAAUAUGGCACAUUACUGGCUUAGCAGUCAGUUUAUAAUUGUGAUUCUUCCUGCUUAUUAUCACAAAAACAAUAGUGAAAGUGCUAUUUUUGUUGCUAAUUUUAAGUGUACAAAAUUUGUUACUGCUGCUUAUACUCUUGGUGUAAGUAGCCCAUCCAAUAUUAUCCAUUAGAUUACAGACCAAGCUGCUACCAUAAGAAAACAUUAAAACCAUAGCAAACAAUGUACACAGCAGUUUAAAUGUUCACAACAAUGGAAGUGUUUAAGGACCUUAGUGACUCAAGUUCUGUCCAGAGUGGUCAGGGGCCCCAAGCCAUUCCCUGGAGUUGGUUAAUCUCCUGCUACUGACAAUAGCAGCUGGUGUUUCCUGAGGUAAAAUCUUUGCAUUACUGCUUUGUAUCUAUGUGAACUGCUAGUGCUGAGGGAUUAAAGAGGUCCUAAAUUAUGGCAUCCCUGUGAUUCAGGCACGUUAGGAGUACAGUGUAUAUGGGAAGUGAAUUUGGAAGCCAGAGGGUAACGUAUAUAGAUGCUCAGCACUUUCACUCAGCCUCCUAUUGUGUAUGCUUAAAAAUAAGUAGAUUUUUGCAAACAUGGAAAUAACAUUUUUCUUGCACUGGGGACCUCAAGUUAUAACUUGGCUCAAGAAGGAACUAAAUCUCAGGUCAGCUUCUGCUUUAGACUGUCCCUCAAGUGAAAUAUGCCACUUAGUUGUUUAAUAUAUGUGAAUUAACAUAAUCAAGAGAUGAUUUACUUUACCUAGAUAUUCCGGGACCCAAGCUUGACACAUUAGACGGGUCUGAUUCUAAUUGCAUAGCACUUUAUAAAACUUAGACCCCUUUAAGGUUUCUUAAGUAGGCCACCUAAAAUCACUAAUUAUUUUGGAAAAUCUCUACUCCGUUUAAGUAACAGAUAUUUUGGUUGCUAGUUACGCUACUUAUUUAAUCACAGAAUAAAGGGUUGUCCUAGUUACUGUUGUUCUCUUAUAAGUAUCUUUAGUGUUCAUCUUUCUUGUUCGUUGGGUGAUUCUGACAGCCUGAGAAUUGCAUAGCACUGAGGGGCCAAUACGGUAUGCACUAUCUUUUGACUUUUUUCUCUGUCUGCAUGAUACUAGGCUGGACACCAAGAAGUGUUGCCUACUUGAAUGUUAGUUGGUCUGAGCUGGUGAAAUGGCUCACAGCAUCCAGAGCCACUCCCUAUCAGGCUGUAUGUUAUACCAUCAAUAUAGUCAAAUUUAAUACAAAAAUAUACUAAGUUCAAAUUCUAAAGAAUUCCACCAAGUGCUGUCACGCUGUUUAGUAAACUGCUGCUGCUGUCUUUGCUUCCUUUACCAGCUGUGCAGAAUUUAAUUAUAAAAUCUGUGUGGAAAAGAGUGCCUCUCUAUCUCCAAAACUCCUGCUUAAUAAUGGUUGCUUUCAGAAGAGGCCUGUAACUUUGAGCCUGCCUCUCUAUUUCCCUGCUACUGCCAGGCAUACACUGUUUUGAAUUGAUUAAUCAUGUGCAUCACUUCACUCUUGUUCCCAGGACCCCAUCCCUGCUUCAGUGUUUAUAAUUCCAUGUAUAGAUUAUCAAUACUGAGACCCCCAUUCCAUUGCCCUCCCCAGUUGCUGAUCAUGUUCUGUGCUUCUGGUAAAUAUUUUUGAUUUCCCAGUUACAUGUAAAACAGCCCAAAAUUACAGCCUAUGCCUACCAGCUAGAAGCUGAGGAAAAGGCUAUUAUAAAUUGGCAAUGUUUAUCCUUUGCAGCUCAGAAUGUAAUAUUUACAUAAAAAAGUGGCUGUAGCUUUUUUUCUAGAAUAGUACAGAAAAAGGUCUUGGCCUCUCAGACAACGGGAUUGGUAACUAAACCCCUAAGACCCGGAUUUUCAAGAGACAUUUUGCACUGUCAGUUUCUCGCAGAAAGAUGAAAUGGUUCAAUUUUUAUACUCAUCCCACUGAUCUACAGGUGACUGCACAAAAGAUCUCUGUUAUUUAUUUAAAAGCAGAUUGA